GUUCUACUCUGCGCAUCCUCCCUACCAGGCUCUCUCAUCCCACCUGGAACGGGAUGCACCAUGCACCGGCGUUAUUUCGAGAAAGAGGGCGGGACUUUCAUUAACAUGGGUUUAGCAGCAAGAGACGAGGGAAAUGGACUUCCGGCAGAGGAAGAAACGUUUCCCUUACAUGUUUCGGAAAAUGCGCUGUCAAUAUUUCCUCAGGAAGCCGUGGACUGCUAACUGAAGCACAUAGCUUAUGGGAAUUAAGAUACCGGAAGCUGUGUGGAGGUAGAGCGGGAUAACGUAACAAGUCAGGAUCCUCUCCUCGCCUAACCCGUGGGAAAUAAACCUUUAUUGGAGGACUUGUGGCGAACGACGGCACACAACGCCGAGGAUCGCACUGGUCCCUGCGUAACGUCUGUGGACAGAGGGAGACGUUUGGACAUCAUAGCCGUGCUAAAAUCAAUAGUUUAUUUAACUUUUAUUUCAUAAUGGGAAUUAGUUUCGGCGUGCGUAAAGAUCGGUCCUGUUUGCACCCAUGAACUUGUUUGGGCGCCUGAUUCUUCUUCAUGGACCAUGAAGACCACGCGUAAAUGCAGGGCGUUGAUCUCAGUGGGGUUGAACUUCCUGGCUCUUUUCUUCUCCAUCACAGCGUUCAUCACCACCUACUGGUGCGUCGGGACGCAGAGGGUACCCAAGCCCAAGUGCUCUAAGCUACGGACGCACCAGUGCAUCGACUACGGGGUGAACGAGACGGACCCCAACAAGGUGGUCUACAGCUGGGAGACCGGCGACGACCGGUUCCUCUUCAGACAGUUCCACACCGGGAUCUGGUUCUCCUGCGAGGAGAACAUCAACGACGAACGUGAGGAAUGCAGAAGCUUCAUCGAUUUGGCCCCAGCCUCAGAGAAAGGCAUCCUGUGGCUGUCGCUGGUGUCGGAGAUGCUGUACAUCAUCCUGCUCAUGGUGGGCUUCAGCCUGAUGUGUCUGGAGCUGGUCCACUCCAGCAACAUCAUCGACGGCCUCAAGCUCAACGCCUUCGCCGCCAUCUUCACCGUUCUCUCAGGUCUGCUGGGCAUGGUGGCCCACAUGAUGUACACUCAGGUGUUCCAGGCCACGGUGAGCCUGGGCCCGGCCGACUGGAGGCCCUACAACUGGGACUACGGCUGGUCCUUCUGCAUGGCGUGGGGCUCCUUCACCUGCUGCAUGGGCGCCUCCGUCACCACACUCAACUCCUACACCAAGACGGUCAUCGAGUUCCGGCACAAGAGGAAGACGUUCGAGCAGAGCCUGCGGGAGGAGCAGGCCCGCGAGGCCUUCGGCUACUUCAGGGAGCGCGGCCUGCACUCCAUCUCUAAGGACGUGGACGACUACCACGGCCAGACCCCCCAGGGCAGCCGCCGCUCCCCCGCGCACGGCUCCUCCCCCUCCCUGGACCUGAGCGACACCACGGGGUCGCUGGGCGAGGAGCAGUGCUGAGCGGGAAGGUGGAGUCAGGGCAGCGGGGGCCGGUCGUAACGUCUGGGGUCAUGGAGCUGUAGUAGGAGCAGCAGGGGCCGGUCGUAACGUCUGGGGUCAUGGAGCUGUAGUAGGGGCAGCAGGGGCCAGUCGUAACGUCUGGGGUCAUGGAGCUGUAGUAGGAGCAGGGGCCAGUCGUAACGUCUGGGGUCAUGGAGCUGUAGUAGGGGCAGCAGGGGGCCAGUCGUAACGUCUGGGGUCAUGGAGCUGUAGUAGGGGCAGCAGGGGCCAGUCGUAACGUCUGGGGUCAUGGAGCUGUAGUAGGAGCAGGGGCCAGUCGUAACGUCUGGGGUCAUGGAGCUGUAGUAGGGGCCGCAGGGGGCGGUCGUAACGUCUGGGGUCAUGGAGCUGUAGUAGGGGCAGCAGGGGCCGGUCGUAACGUCUGGGGUCAUGGAGCUGUAGUAGGGGCAGCAGGGGCCGGUCGUAACGUCUGGGGUCAUGGAGCUGUAGUAGGGGCAGCAGGGGCCGGUCGUAACGUCUGGGGUCAUGGAGCUGUAGUAGGGGCAGCAGGGGCCGGUCGUAACGUCUGGGGUCAUGGAGCUGUAGUAGGGGCAGCAGGGGCCGGUCGUAACGUCUGGGGUCAUGGAGCUGUAGUAGGAGCAGCAGGGGGCGGUCGUAACGUCUGGGGUGAUGGAGCUGUAGUAGGGGCAGCAGGGGGCGGUCCUAACAGCCUCCCCCCAGGCUUGUGAGGUCAUUCAUCCCCUGGUUUGGCAUGAUUGCGUCGAGGGAUUUCUGAAGCCAUUAGUGACUCUGGUUCACCCCCCCCCCCCCCCCCCCCC